AAGAGCGGCGCGCAGUCCCUUGCACGUUUGUUUCACUUUGAGUUCGCGACAAAAGCUACUUACUCCGUGUACCCGAUAGAGCAAAUAUUAUAAAAAUACGAAUAAUAAACAAGCGUUUAAAUAAGCCUAGAAAUCGAGAAUUUUUUUCAACUGAAAUAUCCUCGGGGCGCGUCGAAAGCCCGAAAAAUCUUAAGCCCAAGAACGAAUGGCGGGAAAUUAGUAAGAGGAGAGAAAAACAAGAGACUGAGGGUAAUAAUUGGAGAAUAAAUUGUAUCCGAAAAGGCAAGAGCGCCCGGUAAAAGGGAGAUUGUUGCUCACGCGAAUUCGAUGACCACCCGAGCAUCGCUCCAGGCGAUUCAAUAUUCCCGGAAGAAACGAGAUGGAAGGUUAAAACGGAAGUAGCGCAAGCACGACGGAUGUGUCAGGGAAGAGUCUCAUUCUCUCGAGUGUCGUGUUCGUGGGUGUGUAAUACGCGCGUUCAGUGAAAGGGGACCGUUGAAGAGUCGUUUUCGUCGACGCAGAGGGAGACGAAUAAUCCUCCUACGUUGUCGCACACUCGCCUGCACGGCUCCGCGGAUUCGUGCGCGCCGAUACACAUUUGCCUGCGUUUUGAGCGGCGCCGCUGCGCGGGAUCCCACCGAGCAGGCGAAACACCGUUUCUCCGAUCGCCCCUGCGGCCCCGGAAAAUCGUAACUUCUGUCGAGCCGCGGCUCGACCUCGGCGGGCGAAUAAAGCAUCGACUCCUCGGCUCGCGCACCGGAAGUUGUGCCUCGAGACCCAAACAAGUGGAUUUUUCGCUGCGACGGGAAUGAAGAACUCUCGUAAAUCCCCCCCGAGUGGGAGCCAGCAAUUUUUUUUCGCUGGCACGAUCCGUCGGGUGUGAAGCUCACGCUCCGACGCGGCAAAUCCGUUAAACAACGUGUUCAGCUACGAAUUUGAGUGGUGCGCGCUCCUUCGAACUCCUUCAAAGUUGCACACUUUGUAGCAGCGACUCCCGAGCCUCGGUUUACUCUCGACUCCCCAAAGUUUCCUCUCGUCCGCUCGUCCGCCGAGGGUCCAGGAGACGGAGCAGAGGGGCACGUGCUUCGGGAGGGUCGCAGUGAGCCUGCAGAGAGAGGGACACCAGCCGGGCACUGUUCCCGAUGAAAGUUCGAGUUUUCCAUGCUUUUGGUACACUCUUGUUGCACCAGCGUCGUUAAAACGCCGAGAAUUUUCCUUCCGAAGAGAGUGAUAGUCUCUCAACGUGAAUGAGAUUAAAUUUAACCCCGGGCUCAUAGAUAACGAAGCGGUGAGUAAAAAAAACGUCUCCGAAGAUGCUAGAAGCUACCGUGAGAGCGGAAAUCUGCGCUGGUAAUGGCUGACGAUUAGCGACGCGGAGGUGAAAAAUCAACGGGAGGAUCAUGUGAUCGCGUUAACUUUAACGCCGCGAUAUUGAACUAGUUUGACGAGCCGAGUGCGACCAAUCGCAGAGCGGUGUGAGAAUAAAGCGCGUUCGCAGUUUUAAAGGAGCUUGCGAAUCGAGGCAUCGAAGACGUUCGCAGGGAGGGUGAAGAGACUGAAAAAAUGCUGAAACUUUGUUCGCGUCAAUGACGAUAAAGAAUAAGCAACAAUAAUAAUGCGCCAGGGAGUGAAAUAAAGUUUCAACGCGAUUGGCAGUAAUCGCGGUUCGUGAUUAAAAACGAUAAGGCGGAGGGGAGGCCGGGAGGGGAGAUAUGAAAGAAGAUGUUUUCAGGUUGGAGAGAUCAGUGAAUUAUCGGUGGACCGUUAAUGUGCGGGGCUAAGUGAAAUAAGAAGAACAAGGGAAUCGAAGAAAAAUCCGCUGGCGAUUGAAGCGCGAGAUUUCUCCGUCGAUUUUUUAAGUGCCAUCGGAAAAAAACGUACUUGAAGAUUAUUCAUGCACGGAGUAAUAGUGUCGAAAGUGAUAAAAAGGAGAUAGAGAAAGAGAGAGAGAGAGAGAGAGCGAGUGAGCGGAGUGUAGAGUCGUUGACGAAAGAGCGCGAGUGUGCAUUUAUCAAUUGAACCGUAAAUCACGCAGUACGUACGCAGAAGCGUGUACGACGCGUGCCUUAAUCCGGAGAGAAAAAUAACAAAAAGAUACUCGAAAGACGGAAGUUGCGUUCGACUGGUCGGCCUGCCGGAGCGAAAAUCGUAAUGGAUUUAUCGUAAAAUGUCGAAUAAGCAGCGCGAUCCUCAUCGAUCGUUGACGUUCAACGCCACUCGAACCCCGCGCAAUCCGAACUGUCCGCUUGGACCCGUUUGCUCACCAAUAAGAAGGAGAAAAGCAAAGUAUCCAUCGGACAAAUCGGCGAUCGACGAUGCACCACGGCAAUGCCCUGCUGUGAUUUUAUUCAGGAUCGUAAAAGGGACUUGUCCAACGAAACAGCCCCGAAUCGUUCAGAGGCGAGGGCUCACAGACCUCUCGUACUCGAACUACAAUGAGCUCCAUAGACUUUGACGAGGUGCUCGUACACGUGGGAGAAAAGGGACGAUACCAAAACAUCAUGUACUAUCUUCUUUGCAUUCCAGCUACUUUGCCGGCUGCCUUUCUCGCCUUCUCACAAGUCUUCGUGAGCGCGACGCCAGAGCACUGGUGCCGAAUACCCGAAUUAGAGAACAUCACGGGUCUGAUGAGCCUGGAGGAGAGGAAAGCUCUGUCCCUGCCAUACACGACGAAGACUGAUGGGAGGCGGCGUUAUUCAAAGUGUUACAUGUACGAUGUUAAUUACACGGCGAUACUGGAGAAUUGGCUCUCGAAGUCGUCGAUGGCGUUGAGCGAGAGCGACAGUUUGAGCGUCACCUCAAUAUUGGACGGGCGAAUACCCGGGAUUCAGUACAUGACCUCGCCGCCUACGGAGGCAACGGUCACCAGUGGUCCUUGGUCCACGUACGCUGGACGACUUCCGGCACCCCCUGUCAGUAACCACGAUUGGCCGAUCACUAAAUGUCGCUACGGUUGGGAAUACGACAGGAGAGACUACGACAGCACCCUCGUCACCGAGCUAGACCUCGUAUGCGACAACAGCUGGUUACCAUCCACAUCGACGACUUUCUUCUACGUGGGAAGCCUCUUCGGUAACGUCGUGUUUGGAUGGAUAGCCGACAAGUGGGGCAGAAGAACGGCCUUCUUUGCCAUCUUAUUCCUCGAGGUCAUUUUCUCCAUCGCGACGAGCUUCAGUUCCGAUUACGUCGUAUACACAGCACUCAGGACCGUUAAUGGCCUCUUCUUCCCCGCCAUUUACCAGAUUCCCUUCAUUCUUGCCUUGGAACUAAUGGGCCCAAGGUACAGAACGUUCGCUGGGAUGGUGAUCUGCAUGUUCUUCGCCACGGCGAUGUGCCUUCUCGCCUUAUUGGGCUACUUGCUGAGAAAUUGGUACUCGUUGUCCCUCGCGACGUCCGUUCCGUUCGUACUUUUGUUCAGCUAUUGGUGGAUCAUUCCUGAAUCACCGAGAUGGCUGCUGAGUAAAAAUCGAAUCGACGAGGCCGAGGUAAUCGUGCAGCACAUGGCCCGGGUCAACGGCCGCACAGUCCCGACGAAUUUUUUAAGAAAAAUGGAAAUGGAGAUACUGAAGAAACAAGGGAUCUCCUGCAAUUGCAGAAAUUCGAGCGAGCUCUCGGUCGACCUUGAGAACGAGGACAGGCCGCCUCCGCCCUCGGCGACCCCGAUGGACCUCAUUAGGAAUCCAAAUAUAAGAAAAAAAUUUUUCAUACUCGCUUUCGACUGGGUCGCAAACGCGGUUGUUUACAAUGGCCUCUCUUACAACACUACGAAUUUAGGAGUUUCCGAUUACCUCGCCUUCUUCAUUGGUGGAAUAGUCGAGAUACCAUCUUACGUAAUCACCUGGUACGCGAUGGACAGAAUAGGGAGACGGUGGGUCCUCUGCUCGACGAUGUUGCUCGGCGGAGUCGCUUGCGUUUCUUGCAUGUUCGUCCCAGAAGAUGCUGUUUGGGUGACGGUUUUGUUGGCGAUGAUUGGCAAGUUCGGAAUCGCCGCAUCCUUCGCUGUUUUCUACGUUUUCGUUGGUGAACUGCUGCCCACGGUGCUGAGGUCCCAGGCCAUGGGAAUCGCCUCCUUCAUCGCCGGCAUCGGACUCCUCACCUUUCCUUACAUCGUCCACUUGGCCGUGUACUCCAGGGUGCUGCCUCUCAUCGUCAUGGGAUCUUUGAGCGUCGCUGGUGCUCUCACUUCGGUUUUCUUACCGGAAACACUCAACAUACACUUGCCUCAGACGAUCGAAGAGGGCGAACAGUUCGGCGCUGACUUCAAACUCUGGUCGUGCCCGAUGAGACCGACGAACGCGAGGAUGCGUCGACAACGCGAUUCCCUGCCCCUGAGAUUUCUUCUCAACGGACGGCCCGGGAGCCGUGCGACGGUCGGUGAAAUAGGAAACGCAGAAUCAACGUCGCAGCAACUGCGACAACGGGACGAAUCCCCCAACGACGACGAGGAAACGCAUAACUUAAAUACCACGCAAAACGACUCCGACAACGGUCUCGAGCUCGACAGCACAGAAGAUUCCAAAAUUUCGAAACUCCUCAAAUGACAAUUCACGAUUCCAAGGAACUAAACAUUCUUAUGAUUAGCCGACAACCAAAACUUUGUAUUAUAAUAUCAGUAUAGGCACGCAUUGUAUUUAUUUUUUUCCAUUCAUUAUAAUUUACUUUCUUUCUAA